AUGGCUCGUUAUUCAUUUGCCUUCUCCGCCUUGGUGGCAAUUGCUGCCGCGGCACAAGGUACCGCAUACUCACAGUGUGGUGGAGACGGCUGGACCGGUGCUACCUCAUGUGUUUCUGGCUUCCACUGCCAAUACCAGAACGAAUGGUAUUCUCAAUGCAUACCUGGCGGCGCUGCCACUCCCGUCAAAACCCCAACUGCGGUGAAGACUACAGCUACCGCAAAGAUCACCGCUGCAGCCAAAACGCACGCAACGACGCUUUUGACCAUCACACGAUCUUCAUCGAUACCCACACCGCCAGCGGCGUCGCCGAGCAAGCCGACAAAGUCUGAUGGCCCUGUGCCAACUGCUGCUGGGAGCACCUCUGGAUCUUCGGGAAAGACUCAGUAUGCUGGUGUCAACAUCGCUGGGUUCGAUUUUGGCUGUUCCACCGAUGGGUCUUGCGGAGGCUCCUACGUUGACCCCGGUGCCAACGGUAUUGCCCAGAUGAAGCACUUCGCGACUGACGAUAAACUCAAUGUUUUCCGUCUGCCCAUCGGCUGGCAACAUCUCCUCAACAACCAGCUUGGUGGUUCGAUCGACGCCACAGUUGGCGCUGCAUACGACAACCUGGUGCAGGGCUGCUUGGCCACCGGCGCUCUCUGCAUUCUCGAUUUGCACAAUUACGCACGCUGGAAUGGCGCGAUUGUCGGCCAGGGUGGACCUACAGACGCUGAGUUUGCCGACGUGUGGUCGAAGCUCGCCACGAAAUACGCAUCGGAGAAGAACAUCGCCUUCGGUUUGAUGAAUGAACCCCAUGAUCUCACCAUGACAUCAUGGGCUACAUCUGUUCAAGCCGCUGUUACUGCUAUCCGCAAGGCUGGCGCAACUUCGCAGUACAUUCUUGUCCCUGGUACCGAUUACACCUCUGCUGGCAGCUUUGUUCAGAACAGUGGCCCAGCCCUUCUUACCGUUAAGGAUGCGGACGGUUCUACCAGCAAGAUCAUCUUCGAUAUUCACCGUUACCUGGACUCGGACAACAGUGGCACAAACGCAGAGUGCACUACUGAUCAUGUUCAGGACUCGUUUGUCCCGCUUGCGACUUGGCUCCGAAGCAACGGUCGUAAGGCUAUCUUGUCCGAAGUUGGCGGUGGCAACACUGCUUCUUGCGAGCAAGACACCUGCGCAGCCAUUGCUUCGAUCAAUAAGAACAGCGAUGUUUACCUGGGAUAUGUAGGCUGGUCUGCUGGUGCUUUUGAUGCCUCCUACGUCCUUUCCUUGACGCCAUCAGGCUCUAACGAUAAGACAUUGAUGUCAAAGUGCUUUAGCCGCGCAUAG